AGGAUGCGCCCGGCGGGGCAUGGCGUCCGAGUUCGGGGUCCAGAGGCGUUCGGCCUGUGUUGACUUUUCGGGCCUGGGCCGGGCCACUCGCCACUCGCCGAGGGCCGGGGCGGACGGGGCCAUUAGCCACCUCUCGCUUACAGCAGCGGCGGCAGAUUCUGACGAGGCCCGCGGGGAAAGAAGGCUUGGUUCUGCGGGAGGCUCGCUUGGUUGUGCUCUGGCCCGCGCUCAACCGGCGCGAUGCUCUUCUCGCUCCGGGAGCUGGUGCAGUGGCUGGGCUUCGCCACCUUCGAGAUAUUCGUGCACCUGUUGGCCCUGUUGGUGUUCUCCGUGCUGCUUGCACUGCGUGUGGACGGCCUGGUCCCGGGCCUCUCCUGGUGGAACGUGUUCGUGCCCUUCUUCGCAGCUGACGGGCUCAGCACCUAUUUCACCACGAUCGUAUCCGUGCGCCUCUUCCAGGAUGGAGAGAAGCGGCUGGCGGUGCUCCGCCUCUUCUGGGUCCUUACGGUCCUUAGCCUCAAGUUCGUCUUCGAGAUGCUGUUGUGCCAGAAGCUGGUGGAGCAGACUCGGGAACUCUGGUUCGGCCUGAUCACGUCUCCAGUCUUCAUUCUCCUGCAGCUGCUCAUGAUCCGCGCCUGUCGGGUCAAUUAGCCUUUCCGAAGUGCGAGAGGGGGAACGUUGGAUAGCUAUAGGGCUGGACCUCUAACUGAGGCCCUAUACUUGCGCUACAUCAGAGGAGAGUUCUUGGUGUGAAGGCAACGCCUGCUUGCUCCCAGCUGGGCACCCCGUUUCCUCUACAGCAAUCAUGUCUGAAAUUGUUUACUCAAUAUGGCUAAAAAGAACAGCCUUAAUCUUCAAAAUAUAUUUCUUGUUAUUUCAUAUUUUGAAUAGGUAAUCGUAAAUUGAGAUCCCUAGAAGGGACCCAGGGCAGACAUUUCUGAACUCCUCUGAUGUUUGGAAACUGAAUAUGAGUAAAAUGCCCUGAUGGGCUCUUGGUAUUUUCCCUGGAUCCUGGAAAAGUACUCUAGUACAAAGGCUGCAAAUCUGAACUCAAGGAUUUCCUCCAGUAGCAGGGCUGACUUAAGAGCUCACUGUUCCAUCUGUUCAGAUCAGAUUUCAUUAGUUAUCUUUGUUAGAUAGAUCUAAAAAGUGUAAAUGAGUCUGCAUCUCCUCCUCUGUGCUAUGGUAGAGAAUGGUCCUUCAUUACAGCCUAGUGUGAGUCAGAAAAAUGUUGAAUAAGAACGUGAUUUUAGGGCCCUAUCUGGUUAUCUGUCAUCUAAGAAAAGAAUUCUGCUAUCCAGGUGCUGUUUGGCUUCCUAUCCAAGCAAAGACUGCAGUUAUUCACCACCUUGUGGCUGGCACUAUUCGCACACCUGACACAGAUUUUAGGUUUCCCUAAGGUAUUUUACGUUCAUAGCAUUGACAUCCACAAAUGAGAAGCUUGUGAGUUUCCCAGCUUUGUUGGCCUGAGGUCUUUGGUUUGAUGCUGGUCAGGUGCCAAAUGAGAACAUUUGCUGGGAUGGAAGUAAAAUAAGAGACUGUUUUCCUGAAA